GGCGCGACUCCGGCAGCAGGUGGCGCGCGGCAGUGCAGGGACGGGCGGCGGGACGGCGCGAGCGGCAGGCGGGUGGCGGCGGCGCUCAGACGACGGCGACGGCCGACACCUCUACUUCCCGUGGGUAGCGACGCCGCAGCACCGGCGCGGACCACACCGCGCUCACGGCAGUGGUCGGUGAACGGACGCCGUCCAGUGACCGACGGCAGUGACCGCGCCUUCCCGCAGGUGGGACUCUAGUUCGCCAGAGGGCGUCUCUCGCACCCGACCACCCGACCCCGGUCGGCAGUCAUGCAGCGCGGCGAGAGCUUCGAGAGCAGCUCGGAGACGGCGGCCGUGCAGACGGCGGGCGGCGGCGGCCAGUCGUCGGUGCAGCGGCAAGCGCGCCACGAGCAGCGCGGCGGCCCUGACGACGACCACCGCGUCACCAUGAGCGAGACCAGCCAGAUCGAGUCGGAGGCGGCGCACGAGGCCGGCGUGCAGAGCGCCGCCUCACGCUCGGUGCAACAGCUGGAGCGGCACGAGGAUGGCGUGCGCAGGCUGGGCGGCGGAGGCCUCGAACGCUCCCAGGAGGCCUACAGCAAAGUGAACGAGCACCAGGAGGCCGAAUCGCGCCGCGCCGUGGCCGGCGGCGAGGAAGCCUCGCAGUCGAGCUCCGUUAAUAAGACGGAGACGCGUCAGUCGACGUCCGUAGCUGACCUGGGCGGCGGCGGCACGGCCCGCUCUAGCGUCACCAAGCGCAGCCAGGUCAGUGAGAUCAGCGAGAUCAGCCAGACGUCCAGCUCGACGGCGCGCCACGCCGACACGGCCGCGCCGCGCCGGCUGGCGGCCGGCCAGCGCAGCGCAUCGCUCCAAUCCGAAGACCUUCACACCCUCGGCACUGGCGCCCGACGUGGCGGCGCGGCGGCGGUGAAGGCACCGGCGGCAACGGAGCGCGAGGGCCGCGGCGGCAUCCUGCGCGAGCUGGAGCGGCUGCUGGCCGACGAGGAGCGGUACGAUCGCGCGCGGCGCGCCGUCAGACGCGACGACGGCGACUCACUUGGCCACCGCAGCGAGCAGAUUCGCCAGGAGGUCGACAACCUCGUCGCCACAUUCUUCGACCGCAAGCGCGACCGCAGCCACCGCGUCGGCGACGCCUUCUUCGACGAUGCCUCGCGGCGCGCCGAGCGGCUGGUGCGCGAGUUCGCGCGUGACGACGACGACCCGUGGCGAGAGGAGGAGGAGCGCUGGCGGCGACAGCAGCAGGUGCGUCGCCGCGGCUCGGACGACUUCUUCGAGCGAGCCGUGCAGCGCGCGCAGACGCUGGUGAGUGAGAUGCGGGACCGCAAGGAGAGCCGUCGCCAGGACGAGGAAGACAUCUUCUCGCGCUACGGCGACCAGAUCGACCAGUUCUUCGGCUCGGCGCGGCGGCGCGACGCGCCGUCCGCGCGCCGUGGCGGCGACCGCUUCCGCGACGCCAGCACCCUGGCCGACGACCUGGUGCGCGACUUCCUGUCGGAUGACACGCGGGGCCGUGACGCCACCGACGCCUGGGGCCGGCAGCGGGAGCGCGCAGAAUCAACGCACGUCGACAUCGACGAGGUCAUGUCGCAGGCGUCGACGGUGGGCGGACGGGGGCGGGAGGCGCGCAACACCUCGGGCGUCGACAUCGAGGAGCUGUCGAGCUCAACGGCGGCCGACCGGAGCCGCGCCGCGUCCGGCCGGCAGCGGCCUGCCGCCGACUCAAGCCGCCUCGUCGACGACAUCGUGCGCCAGUUCAUCGCCGACGACUUCGACGACGAGGACACGUGGAAGGAGCGGCCGCGCGCCGCGCGCCGACAGACGAGCAACACGAGCACGCUGGACGAGCAGUGCAGCAUACGCUCAGAGAGCCGCAUGUCCGAGAUGGAGGACGAGCUGCGACAGGCGCAGGCGCAGGUGGACGAGCAAAGGGCGGAGCGCCGCCAGGCUGAGCAGCGCCGACAGGCUGAGGAGCGAGCGGAAGAGCAGCGCCUGGCUGAUGAAAGGGCCGCGGAGCGCGUUAAGGCUGAGAAGUGUGCUGAGGAGCGAAUUCAGGCUGAGGAGCGCGUUCAGGCUGAAGAGCGACGUCAGGCUGAGAAGAGGGCUGAGGAGCGAAUUCAGGCUGAAGAGCGCGCUCAGGCUGAAGAGCGGCGUCAGGCUGAGAAGAGGGCUGAGGAGCGAAUUCAGGCUGAGGAGCGCGCUCAGGCUGAGGAGAAAGCUGAGCAGCGUAUCCAGGCCGAGAAGCGGGCUGAGGAACGCCGACAGGCUGAGCUUCAGGCUGAGCAGCGAGCAGAGGAGCAGCGAAUAGCCGAGGAGCGAGCGGAGAAACAGCGCCAGACGCAAGUCGAGGAAGCCCCACAGACUGACGAGCACCUGGUUUCCAGCCAGGAGGAGCGGUCACACGAGCGCCACGACGUCACAGAGCAGCACUCCCAGCAGCGCACUUGUCGCCGAGGAGAGCGUCCACGAGGAGCGCUCGUCCCAAGCAGAGCAGGCGUCGGAGACCGAGACGCGCUCCGAGCAGGAAGCGGCGUCCGGGGAGCGGCGCGCCGAGGACGAGGCUGACACGUCCGGCGGCGCGCUGCGCCGCGCCGAGGAGCUCCUGUUCGGCUUCGUGCCCGACUGGGAGCGCGAGGAGCAGCGCUGGUCACGCGUACGCACCGACCGCAUCGCCGAGAACACCGGCGACAAGAAGGUGCACGACCUG